AUGCAUUUGCUCUCUCGGUUCUCAACAGUGCCACUUAGGACGCUGCACUCCAGCGCGGCUCUGUUACGCCUGGUACCUGGCUCGCUGGAAAGCGACCAUAUAUUUGUGCAUGGUAUUGCUGCGACGCCGACACCUCUGCUGGAGGGUCUUUGCGACUACGCCGUGGCAAACGAUCUCAAGAAAUUGACGCUGCAUCACCUUCACUUAGAAGGCCCGACCAAAUGGACCGAGCCGGCUUACAGAGAUCGCAUUCGAUCGAAUUCCUUAUUUACGGGUUCCAAUUUGCGGAAGGCUGUCAAUGAAGGCAUCGCUGAUUUCAAUUCAACUUUUCUGCACGAAGUUCCGCUGCUUUUUCGCACUGGCGCAAUUAAGCUCAACGUUGCAAUGUUAACGGUUUCUCCGCCCGAUGCAUUCGGCUUCUGCACACUGGGCACUAGUGUGGACGCCGCUCGUGCUGCUGUCACGCAGGCCGAUCACAUCAUUGGUUUGUUCGCAUACUCUUUUGAUACAAACACAUAG